AUGCUCAAUACUGUAACUACACAGGGAUGGAAUGCUGCACAUUUUGCAGCACAAGGAGGCGAUGUUCGCAUUUUACAGCUUCUGGCAGAUAAGGGUACUUCUUUAACUAAAACCACGUAUGACCGUAAGACAAUUCUGCAUAUUGCAUGCAUGUUUUCUAGAUUUGAGAUGUGCAAUCACAUACUGUCACAGUAUCCUAAUAUGCAGAAUGUUGUAGAUAAAUUUGGAUGGAAUGCUGCACAUUUUGCUGCACAAGAAGGUGACGUUCGCAUUUUACGGCUUCUGUCAGACAAAGGUGUCCCUAUCACCGAAAUCACUUUUGACCACUUAACAAUUCUGCAUAUUGCAUGCAAGCAUGCUAAAUAUGAGAUGUGUCAACAUAUACUCUCAAAGUCUCCUGAAUUGCUAAAUCUUUUGAGUACACGAGGAUGGACUGCUGCACAUUAUGCAGCAGAAGGAGGCGAUAUUCGUAUUUUACAGCUUCUGUCAGACAAAGGUGUCCCUGUAACCGAAACCACAUAUGACAAUAGGACCAUUCUGCAUAAUGCAUGUGCAUGUGCCAAAUACGAAAUGUGUGAAUAUAUACUGUCACAAUAUCCUGAUAUGCCUAAUGUUGUAUCUACACUAGGAUGGACUGCUGCACAUUGUGCAACACAAGGAGGCGAUGUUCGUUUUUUACAGCUUCUGGCAGACAAAGGUGUCCCUUUAACUGGAGCCACAUAUGCCAAUCAGACAAUUCUGCAUUUCGCAUGCAGUAAUGCAAAAUACGAAAUGUGUCAACACAUACUGUCACAAUAUCCAUAUAUAUUAAAUGUUGUAGAUAGAUAUGGAUGGAAUGCUGCACAUUUUGCGGCACAGGGAGGCGAUGUUCGUAUUUUACAGCUUCUGGCAGACAAAGGUGUCCCUGUAACCGAAACCACGUAUGACAAUGGGACCAUUCUGCAUAAUGCAUGUGCAUGUGCUAAAUACGAAAUGUGUGAAUACAUUCUGUCGAAAUAUCAUGAUAUGCCUAAUGUUGUAUCUACACUAGGAUGGACUGCUGCACAUUGUGCAGCACAAGGAGGCGAUGUUCGUAUUUUACAGCUUCUGUCAGACAAAGGUGUCCCUGUAACCGAAACCACAUAUGGCAAUUCUACAAUUCUGCAUAUUGCAUGUUGUAAUGCUAAAUACGAAAUGUGUGAAUAUAUACUGUCACAAUAUCCUGAUAUACUAAAUGCUGUGAAUACACGAGGAUGGAAUGCUGCACAUUAUGCAGCACAAGGAGGCGAUAUUCGUAUUUUACAGCUUUUGUCAGACAAAGGUGUCCCUUUAACUGGAGCCACAUAUGACAAUAAGACAAUUCUACAUAUCGCAUGUCGCCAUGCAAAAUAUGCAAUGUGUCAACACAUACUGUCACAAUAUCCUGAUAUACUAAAUGUUGUAGAUACAUAUGGAUGGAAUGCUGCACAUUUUGCGGCACAGGGAGGCGAUAUUCGCAUUUUACAGCUUCUGUCAGACAAAGGUGUCCCUAAUAUCGAAACAACAUAUGACAAUUCUACAAUUCUGCAUAUUGCAUGCAUGUUUGCUAAAUAUGAGAUGUGUCAACAUAUACUCUCAAAGUCUCCUGAAUUGCAAAAUCUUUUGAAUACACGAGGAUGGAAUGCUGCACAUUGUGCAGCACAAGGAGGCGAUAUUCGUAUUUUACAGCUUUUGUCAGACAAAGGUGUCCCUUUAACUGGAGCCACAUAUGACAAUAAGACAAUUCUACAUAUCGCAUGUCGCCAUGCAAAAUAUGCAAUGUGUCAACACAUACUGUCAAAAUAUCCUGAUAUACUAAAUGUUGUAGAUACAUAUGGAUGGAAUGCUGCACAUUUUGCGGCACAGGGAGGCGAUAUUCGCAUUUUACAGCUUCUGUCAGACAAAGGUGUCCCUAAUAUCGAAACAACAUAUGACAAUUCUACAAUUCUGCAUAUUGCAUGCAUGUUUGCUAAAUAUGAGAUGUGUCAACAUAUACUCUCAAAGUCUCCUGAAUUGCAAAAUCUUUUGAAUGCACGAGGAUGGACUGCUGCACAUUAUGCAGCAGAAGGAGGCGAUAUUCGUAUUUUACAGCUUUUGUCAGACAAAGGUGUCCCUGUAACCGAAACCACAUAUGACAAUUUGUCAAUUCUGCAUUUAGCAUGUUUUUACGCGAAAUACAAAUUUUGUGAAUACACACUGUCACAAUAUCCAGAUAUGCUAAAUGUAGUAAAUACACUGGGAUAUAAUGCUGCACAUUGUGCAGCACAAGGAGGCGAUAUUCGUAUUUUACAGCUUCUGGCAGACAAAGGUGUCCCUUUAACUGGAGCCACAUAUGAGAAUGAGACAAUUCUGCAUAUCGCAUGCGCUCAUGCUAAGUACGCAAUGUGUCAACAAAUACUGUCACAAUAUCCUGAAAUUCUAAAUGAUGUAACUAAACAAGGAUUGAAUGCUGCACAUUGUGCAGCACAAGGAGGCGACGUUCGCAUUUUAAAUCUUCUGGCAGACAAAGGCGUCCCUUUAACUGGAACUACAUAUGACAAUGGGACAAUUCUGCAUUUCGCAUGCUGUAAUGCAAAAUACGAGAUGUGUCAAUAUAUAUUGUCACAUCAUUCUAAUAUGCUCGAUGAUGUAAAUACACAGGGAUGGAAUGCUGCACAUUGUGCAGCACAAGGAGGCGAUGUUCGCAUUUUACAGCUUCUUUCAGACAAAGGUGUCCCUAUCACCGAAACCACUUUUGACCACUUAACAAUUCUGCAUAUCGCAUGUAGUAGUGCUAAAUAUGAGAUGUGUCAACACAUACUGUCACAGUAUCCUAAUUUAAUUCAUUCUAUGGAUAUCACAGGAAAAAAUGCUGCACAUUUUGCAAUACAGGGAGGAAAUACUCGAAUUUUACAGCUCCUAACCCAAAAAGGAGUACGCCUAAAUGCAUGUAGUGAAAACGAAUGA